AUGAUCUCAAGGGUUUUCAUCCUGUCAACUCUUCUAUCCUCUGCCUCAGCAUAUUCCUUGGCCCCAGUGCUUCAGGGCUUGAAGGCUCCCUCCUCUGCUCCCUUGUGCCACAAGUUCUCUGCUCGGCCAGGAGUGCGGAGAGGCCUUACGCCGGUCAGGGCUGGUGACCAACCCAUCCCGGAGGGUUUCCGAGAGUUCCAGGCGAGGGAGAAAAGCCUGGAUGAAUGGUUUGCAAAGCUUGCUGAUAGCCGCUCCUCCAUCCGUCAGAUGGCCAGCAUCAAGAUCGCUGAGAUGCACGACAAGGAAGGGGAGGAGCAGGAGAAGGCUGUGAUUCAACGGCUGUUCAGUUACCUCACCUUGGAGGACGUCCAUGAGAGGAGAGCAGCGGUGCAGGCGCUGGGAAUGAUCGGACAGAAGGUCCUGCCGCCGCUGGUUGACAUGCUCCUUGCGACUGAGGACCGCGUUGUGCGGGCGUCCUGCUCCAAGGCCAUCGGAGCAGUUGCUCUGAAGAACCCCGAGCUCCUCCCGGAGUUUCCGCAGCUCGCGCUUGAUGGGAUGAAGAAGGCGAUUCUUGACAUCCCUGACCCUGUGACCAAGAUCGCCACCAUCAGCUCCCUCGGACAGAUCGGAGGAGGGGAUGUUGCUCAUGGCUACCCGGGAUGCGAGAGGGUGAGAGAUUCCGAUCUUUCAGUCCUACUUCCCUCUCCUCUCUCGUCCUCCUAG